CAUAUAUGUUAAAAAGUUUACUUCAUCGAGAACUUUGUUAGACUUACGAAACUUUAUUCCACGUUGUUGCACUGUUGACUUGGUGUCUCCCUUUAUCCAUCGGUGAUCUCUGGCUUCGUCCUAUCCGGAGGAAGUCCCAGAACUCCGCCAUGGAUGAGGGGGCUUCAUCAGUGCUAUAAGUUCUAGCUUGAGCAUCGUGAAUUCGUUCUACACGUUCUUCGCGUUAGUAGCUUCUACCUCGAUAGGAUUUUUGAGGUCAGCCUAUAACAUGGCACAGAUUCCAGGCAUUUUUAAUGCCGCUCGAUAUUUUGGUGGUUCUAGCCCUAAUAAAGGCCAGCAAGAUUCAUUUUGGAACCACCAAUCAAGCAGUGAAAAUAAUUUCUCAGGAUCAGAAGCUCUGCAAAACUCUUUCGAAGUAGCAACAUCUCCAACACAGAGCGUGGAUCCUUUUAUGAGUUGUACUCAGAAUGAAUUUGAUGGUUGGGAUGAGUGGCCGGCUGAAUUAGACGAAUUGCUUGGCAAUACUACUACUCAUCAUUAUGAGUCGGAAAGUGUGGAUGGUUUUACUGAUUCCGAACUUGUGGUUCCACCACAUGAUGACAACGAGUUGACAGGGAGUACAACUUCAUCCUCACAAUCAUCUCCAGCCAUAAUGGAUACUAAUCAUGAUCAAAGUACUUGGGUUGAGGAGGAAACCUCCCCCUACAGUUACCCAAAAGUUGCAAAUAUGGUUAAUCAGUCUAUGACACCACAAAUGGAUUCUCAGCAGAGAUCAUUUUCUGGGGCUGACUUUUUUGAUUCUUUUCAACCUGAUGCAGUGGUGCAGGAAAGUGUUUCUGAACAUGCCCAAUUUGUUGAUCCUGAAAGCAAUCAAGAAGAAAUCACGGAGGGCAAUAAUUUGGCCAUCACAGAAUCACCUGCACCAAAGAUGGAUUAUGCAUGGGUUGAGGAACAAAACAGCCCAUAUGCAUACUCGGAAUACCCUCAGUCUGCAGUGCCACAGACUGCAUCGCAGCAAAAUUCUGCAAUUGACUGGUUCAACCAGUUCUCAAAUGAUCCAACUGACAGUUCUCAGCCUGAUGGGGGCAUGCAGAUGGCCUUCUAUCACCAAGAUAGUUCCUCCAAUGCUCCUCCUAUGAUGCAUCAAACAACAGACAUGCAAGAGUCUCAAGCUCAGCAAUACAACAGUGAGUCUUACCCACAGGGUUGGAGCCAAGAACCUGAAUCAAACAGCUGGUUCAACCGAGAAGAUGACAUUCUUGCCCAAGCAUCUUUGCAAAAUCUUGGAGAGCCUCAAGACAUGGGAGAUGCCAUGUUUGCUCCAGAUAGAGGUGUUGAGAACAAUGGUGUUUUCCCACCUGCUUCAUCAAUGGAUACUCCCUCUGAAUUACCUAAGCUAAACCAGGACUUUGAGAAACUGGAAACCCAACUGCAGCCUUCAGGCCAGGCUCCUGUGAAGGAACUUCCCCUUGGAGUUCAAGAACCAAGUGCAGCUGUUGAACAAAUUCAGCAAGGUCCACCAAUGGAGCAUGCUCUCCCAGUGCAGCAAGCUCCUCCAUUGCAGCAAGGUCCAUCAAUGCACCAUGGUCCACAAGUGCAGGAAGGUCCAUUAAUGCAGGAAGAUCCAUCAAUGCAGGAAGGUCCACCAAUGCAGGAAGGUUCACCAAUGCAGGAAGGUCCACCAAUACACCACACUCCACCAGAGCAGCAAGCUACACCAGGGCAGCAAGGUCCAUCCAUGCAGAAAGCUCCUUUAAUGCAGCAAGCUCCACCAGUGCAUCAAGCUCCACCAAUGCAGCAAGGUCCGCCAAUGCAGGAAGGUCCAUCAAUGCACCAUGGUCCACCAAUGCAGCACAGUCCAUUAAUGCUCCAUGGUCCACCAAUGCAGGAAGGGCCACCAAUGCACCAGGCUCCACCAGCGCAGCAAGCUACACCAGGGCAGCAAGAUCCAUUAAUGCAGCAAGCUCCAUCAAUGCAGCAAACUUUUGUAAUGCAGCAAGGUCCGCCAAUGCAGCAAGGUCCGCCAAUGCAGCAAGGUAUGCCAAUGCAACAAGGUACACCAAUGCAGGAAGGUCCAUCAAUGCACCAUGGUCCACCAAUGCAGCACAGUCCAUUCAUGCACCAUGGUCCACCAAUGCAGGAAGGGCCACCAAUGCGCCAGGCUUCACCAGUGCAGCAAGCUACACCAGGGCAGCAAAAUCCAUUAAUGCACCAAGCUCCACCAAUGCAGCAAGGUAUGCCAGUGCAGCAAGGUACACCAAUGCAGGAAGGUCCAUCAAUGCACCAUGGUCCACCAAUGCAGCACAGUCCAUUCAUGCACCAUGGUCCACCAAUGCAGGAAGGGCCACCAAUGCGCCAGGCUUCACCAGUGCAGCAAGCUACACCAGGGCAGCAAAAUCCAUUAAUGCACCAAGCUCCACCAAUGCAGCAAGGUCCGCCAAUGCAGCAAGGUAUGCCAAUGCAACAAGGUACACCAAUGCAGGAAGGUCCAUCAAUGCACCAUGGUCCACCAAUGCAGCACAGUCCAUUCAUGCACCAUGGUCCACCAAUGCAGGAAGGGCCACCAAUGCGCCAGGCUUCACCAGUGCAGCAAGCUACACCAGGGCAGCAAAAUCCAUUAAUGCACCAAGCUCCACCAAUGCAGCAAGGUCCGCCAAUGCAGCAAGGUAUGCCAAUGCAGCAAGGUACACCAAUGCAGGAAGGUCCAUCAAUGCACCAUGGUCCACCAAUGCAGCACAGUCCAUUCAUGCACCAUGGUCCACCAAUGCAGGAAGGGCCACCAAUGCGCCAGGCUUCACCAGUGCAGCAAGCUACACCAGGGCAGCAAAAUCCAUUAAUGCACCAAGCUCCACCAAUGCAGCAAGGUCCGCCAAUGCAGCAAAGUCCACUGAUGCACCAUGGUCCACCAAUGCACCAGGCUCCACCAGUACAGCAAGCUACACCAAGGCAGCAAGGUCCAUCAAUACAGCAAGCUCCUUUAAUGAAGCAAGCUCCCACAAUGUGGCAAGGUCCACCGAUGCAGCUUGCCCCACCAAUGCAGCAAGCUCCACCAAUGCACCAAGCUCCACUGAUGCCGGAAGCUCUACCGAUGCAGCAAGCUCAACCAGUGCAGCAAGCUCCACCAGUGCAGCAAGCUCCACCAAUGCAGCAAGCUCCUCCAAUGCAGCAAGCACAGAUGGAUUCUACUUUUUCAAAAGGGACAGAACAGAAAGAGCCAGAGGAAAAGGCGAAGUCCUUUAACCUCCAUGAGAUGCAUCGGGUAUCACCCGUAAAGGAAUCUUCAAGCCCUGAAGUACCGGACAGUCCUCGUGAUGCAUUUCAGGCUGCUUUUCUUCAGAAGCAGCUUGCUGGGAAGGCACCUGCUUCUUCACCUCGGACGUCUUUGUGGAUGAAUAGUGCUCCUCUGCCAACACCCUGUGUUCUAGCUCCUGCUGCAGUGGCUACAAUUGACUCCUCUGAGCCACAUGGAAGUGAAAGGGCUCCUUCACCUGAAAGACAGCCAAUGUCUCCAUCAGGACAAAUGCAGGAAAGAGGACCUCCAUCCCCAUUGCAGCAACCACCACCACCCACUAAUGUUCCACCUGAUGUUAUUCAACAAUCACAUUCAGUUGUAGCUCCUACAAGUCAAGAGGCAAUCAUGCCACAUGUGUUAGCAACAUCUGAUGGUGUUGAUCAGAGAAUGGCACCACCUUUGCCUGCUGCUCCUCCAGCUCAUGUUGGGAGAGAGUCUGUUACAUACCCUUAUGUAAAUCAACAACCAGAUGUCCAGCCACAUACAGCUGAAGUUUCCUACAGUGCUUCCAGAAGUCACAAUCAAGGAGUAGCACCACUGGAACCUGUGGCUCCUCCACCUCAUUUGGGUGAGGAGUUUGUCCCGCACCGUUGUGUAAAUCACCAACCAGAUAUCCAGCCAUUUACUGCUGAUGUUUCUCGCAAUAUUCCUGAUGGUCAUGAUCAAAUAGUAGCAACCCCAGAGCCUGCUGCUCCUUCAGGUUAUGUGGGUGUGGAUCCUGUCCCCCACUCCAGAGUAAAUCACCAACCAGAUGUCCAGCCACAUGUUGCUAAUGUAGUCUUUCCAACUCUAAGUGACAAUGUGAACCAUCAAGUUCCAGUAAAUCCCAAUGCAUUGCCCCGAAGCACUGCGGAGCCACACCAUGGGUCCAUGGUUCUACCACCUGAAACAUCAAAGACAGCUUCAAUUUCAACGCAGGAACCAAUUAUGCAACCUCCCAAGGUUGAAGCAAAACCAGAACCAACACCAAUGUCAUUGGCAUCUUUGCUUCAGGGGGAAAAGAAGCAACCUAAAAAGAAAGCAUCUGACGUUGAUAAGAGCUUGCAGAAUCCAGUUCCAAUGCAGUCUUUCACUAACACUGUGCAGGAUUCCUCAUCUCCUCUCUCUGCACAAGAGAGAGACAAUCAUCCUUUUGAUUCAAGAGGUAGAGUAGAUGAGGGACGUCGGCCUGAGCAUGAUCCAAGUGACCCUCGUGAUACUGAUUCACCAGAAAAUUCAAAGCGCAAAGAUGAUCCUUAUUAUGACCGAGACAGACGGGAUCCAUAUUAUGAACAUGAUAGAAGAGAUUACAGGCGGGUGCAUGAAAGAAGGGAUUAUGACAGACACGAAUAUGGCCGAAGAGAAUAUGAUAGAAUGGAGUAUGACAGGAUGGAAUAUGAUUAUCGGGACAGAAGGGAAUUUGAUCGAAGAGAGAGUGAUCACAGUAGAAGAGAUUAUGAUCCCAGGGAUUAUGACCGAAGGAGAAGUUAUGAUAGAGGGGAGAGCUACGACAACAGAGAUGCCUAUUACGGUUAUGGGUCCCCAAGACAAGGAAGAAGGAGUUAUGAUGAUCACAGAACUUCCAGAGAAGAUUUGUACAGAGUCUCUGAUCCUGCAUAUCCUCAUUCAUACUAUAGUGGACGCAGUACUCCUUCAUCUGAUAGAAACAGUCCUUCUUAUGACAACUCAUCGACUUCCUACCCCUCACAUCAUUAUGGCUAUCCAUCAUAUCCACCAUAUCCAUCAUAUCCUGAUACUCAAUCCAUGGACAUGUACCAGUAUUUAACAAUGUUGUACUAUUACUAUCCACAACACUAUGAUCAGUAUUGUGCCCAGCUUGGAUACUAUAAUACUGGUUACACCCCAGAGCAGAUGGCUCAGUAUUACAAUGGAACCCAGUACCCUCCUGGUUACCAAAACUCUCAGCCAGUACAGGCUGCUCAGACUGAAGUCCAAGAAUCUGAACCUGCACGACUGACUCCACAAUUGUACAGAGUCCAACAUCCCUUAGUGCGUUUCAGUGGUAACAGGUUGAUCUCCCUCCUAGGCAGUGGGGAAGAAGAUGAACAACCCAAGUGUGUAGUUGCAGCAGUUCAGAUGGUGUUUGAUGAAGAACAGAUAAAUCUCAUCAAAGCAUUUCCAGGCCCACUUUCAAGCAUGUACUCUAGUAGAACAGAAGUGAUGUCUUACUGUGAACAGAGAAGUGCUACAACAGACACAUCCAUUGAAUUAGUGAAAUCUCUAAUUUGGAAAAUUCUUGGGAAUCUAGUCAAGCACAAUGGAGCCUUUGUACCAUCCGAUUUGGCUGAAAUCAUUAUGGCAAACUGGAGGAUGUCUAAUGCAUCAGAUGAACAUGAAUUCCCAUGUGCUGAGAAUGCACUGCCAGCUUCCGAGUCUGAGAAGAACAAACAUGUUGCAGUUUAUAGAGAGAUGCUUUUAACAGGUGCAACUAAGGAUGCCCUGGAGUACUCCAUGAGAUAUGGUCUGUGGGGACACGCCAUGAUGCUGGCAGGAAAAAUGGAUAAGAAAGUGCAAAAUGAUGUUAUGACAAGAUUCAUGAGGACUAUGACUGAUUUUGAUCCAAUCCACACGGUUUACAAUCACCUUUCUGGAAGACAACCUGUUGCAUUGAUGACACCUGAUGACUGGCAAAGGAAUCUUGCAGCAAUGGUGGCCAAUCCACCCCGUCAGCACCCAAAGAGUAACAAGAAGAACAUCAUUUGUUUGGGAGAUACUCUGAUGGCUAAUGAUCAGGUUUGGGCUGCACAUUUAUGUUACCUGUUGGCUUCUGAAAAGUUUGGUUUUCCAUCUGAUGAAAAGACCAAGAUGACACUGAUAGGAGUAGAUCACAGAAAAAAUCCACUCACAGAGAAAUCCAUCCCUCUUGAAAACUUGCAGAUGAUGGAGGUUUUAGAGUAUGCUCUUAGUCUAAACAAUGAAGAAUAUCAUAUCCCAGUGCUGCAGACAUACAAAUAUCUCCACGCUGAAAAGUUGGCUGAGGGAGGUUUCACUGAUGAGGCUCAGCAGUAUGCAGACCUCAUUAGUCGUAUAAUCAUUAAACAUCCUCACCACUUUAACUCUACAUUAACCAAGAACAUUAAAGAGCUGGCAGACAGAUUAACUCCUGAAAGUGAAGAGGCUGCUGCUACAGAAAUGACAGAAAUGUUGGACAGGCUUCUGCAAGCUAAAGAUCAAUCAUCCCAGAUCAGCAGUUCUGUUACAGAAAGUGAAGGUGACGCAGAAGAUCCCCUUGGAGAAAGCUCAGUAUCCUUUUUCUCAGGAUAUGAGCCUACCCCCAAACAUCAGGAGGCAGAGGAAGCUGAAACAGCACCUCCCAUAAGACCGCCCUCAGCUACUGGUCAUCAUCAAGAUUCAUGGUCUAGUGGUAUGGAUCCAGAAGCUACUCAGCCUGAAAAGCCUCUAAUACAAGGAACUUCAUCCAUGCAGCAGUUUCCUUCAAGCGCUGCAUCCCAACCUCCAGACGUUUGGUCAGAGCCUUCAUCUGCAGCAAAUCCUCCUCCACAGCAACCUUUCUUUGUGCCAGGUCCUCCUGUGUCACAACAAGUUACUGAACCAAUGGUCAAUGACCCACCAGCUGCAGUGGAGGACCAGCCUUAUUACCCCCAGCAGCCAGUGUGGAAAGACAAUUACCAGGAGGUAUCAGAAGUAUCAUGGAAUGACAAUCAUCAAGAGCCCUCUUGGAAUGGCAGUCGUCAGGAACCGUCUUGGAAUGGCAGUUAUCAGGAACCAUCCUGGAAUGAUAGUCAUCAGGAACCAUCCUGGAAUGACAGUCAUCAGGAACCACCUUGGAAUGACAGUGGCCAGUCAUCAUGGUCAGAGGGAGUCAGAAAUGAGGAACCAAAGAAAGUUGAGCCUCCACCACCUAAAGAGCCUGAGCCACCAGCAAAAGAAGAACCAAAGCCCAAACCAUCUGAGAAGAAAAAGAAUGCUAAGAACAGCAGUAAGGGUGGCUGGUUCUCAGGUCUGUCUGGGAUAAUUCAGAAAGUCAUGCCUCGAGGCUCCAAUGAAAUGAUUCUUCCUGAUGACAAAAAUAAAACGAUUUACUGGGACGAGGAGCUCAAAAAGUGGGUUAACACUGAAGAGGAUGAGCAGGAGAAAACUCCACUACCCCCACCCCCAAGUGACAUGCAGCUUGGUGGAGGUAUGCCACCUUCUAUUCCACUCAGCAAUGGCUUCCCCCCCAGUGCAGCGUCAAAAAUGAAUGGUGCUCGUGAGACAUCUGCAGCUCCUCCUCCAUUUGGGGCCCCAUUGUUGCCAAAUGUUCCUGCCAGCCAGCAGUCCAGUCCAGGCAUGCUACCUGGAAUGACGACUCCUUCAACACCUUCUAAGUUCUCGCGGUUGGCACACGGGGGCAGAAGACAUGCUAAGAAGUAUGUGGAUGUCUUGAACCCAAAUAGCCAAAGCUCCAAUGCUUCUGCUCCACUUCCAAGCGGUCUUCUGCCCAUGAUGCCCGGCCCAACUACUGAAUUUAAAGGAAACCUUUUCAUACCUGCUCCUGUGACUACAACUGAUCAGAGUGCUGAUCAACAGCCUGCUAUUGGCAAUCCUUCAUCACGUCCCUCAUCCCGAAAUGAAGAAGAGGACAGGGGCGAUCAACAGUCACAGCAUUCCCGAUCAAGCUCUGUUUCCCUUACUUCAGCUGAAGUCCGUAGCUAUAUGAUGCCCCAGGACCCAGACCCACCCCCUCAAGAAACCAAUUCCGUUCCUCCACCUAUGUUCUUUGAUCCAAUAGUCUUCAGUCAGCCUCAGGCUCAGGCCUCACCAAGAAAAUCUCGCUAUCCGGGUAUCCGGAAAAACUAAUUGUCUAAAAAAAACAUUUAAUUUAAAAAUUGGAGAUUUUGAAAUAUUUGUCUGGUGUAUUUAAUUUUAUGAUAUUUUUGAGAAGUUUUUGCAUAUGAUUCACGUUUCCGCUUCCUUCCUUUCCUUCCUUUCUCUUUCUCUCUUUCUCUUGAUUUUCAUAUUUUGAAUUUAAGCUGUACUUUUUCCAUUCUUCCUCUCAAAAAUUAAUUCUGCUCUGGGUCUGACCCAUUUUGAUCGGGAUUUUUUCAUCAAGUUUUCAGUGGUUAUCAAAUGAAAAAAUCCACAUUGAUUUUUUUUUUUUUUUUUUUCAAACCAGACAAAUAUUUCAAAAUCUCCAAUUCCUCUAACUGUAAUAAAUAAAAAUUAAUGGGUGGAGCAACAAAAAAAAAAAAGGGGGGGGUGUUAAUACUAUUUAUAAGAAUUAUGGCACUUUUGGACAAUUUUAAUCCUAUUUCUCAAAGAAAAAUGCAUUGAUUCCAACAGCACUUUAUUUCACAACUGAGAUGUAAGAUUAUUUUAUUUUGAAUUCAGCUACAGAUUUACACUUUAUUAUUUUGAUCUGAAUCCUUUGCUGUCUUUGAAUGUUUUUUAAUGAGAGCCAGGCUUCCUUUUUUUUCACCAAAAUUUUUAUGUUUUAUUAGCUUAAUCCACCUUUAUUAGUUUAACUUCCAAGUUACCUUAUCUACUCAGUCUACCUUAAAUUUGUUAUCAAUCCUUCUGCUCUUUGGUUAAGACACUUAUCUAUAUAGUUAUCUCCUUUAGUAAAAAAAAAAAAAAUGGACUAUCUGCUCU